AUAAGGAUAACGUGAUUAGCUAUGAAACCAAGGAAACACUUGCUUCAGAUUAGCCUUUUCGAUGAUUUAUUAGUGGUUUGUCAAAGACCAAGUUGAACAAUCCAGUUUCAUGAGAAACAUGUUUCGUUCCAUUCUGAUUAAUUUGAUUUUGGUGCUCGCUUCGGGAAGCUCGAUAGGCAUUGCAGACGCCAAAUCCAAUCUUACUAAGGUGACAUGGGCGCAUGCAGUCAACGAUGCUGAUUUCCUUACACGCGUGCUUGAAAGUGACACCCAGUUCAUUGAAGCGGAUAUUUCCCUUGGGUAUCUGAUCGACGAUGUGAACAAAGAGCAUGAAAUACCCAUCAUGGCUCAUCCGCCGUCAGUGGAGUCAAACCUAUCACUUGAAACAUUCCUGAAGCGUGUGCUACAAUUCAACCGAGAUGCUAAUCAUUCGACGAAACUAAAAGGCAUCAAGCUAGAUUUCAAAUCCAUCGGUGCUUUUGAACGUUCGAUCGACAUUAUUCGUGCUGGAUACGAUAUGGCCAAGUUUGACACGUGGAUCAAUGCGGAUAUUUUGCCAGGACCGGUUGACAACACUGCUACCAUCCCGGUAGACCCAUCAAGAUUCUUCACAGCAGCUAGGAAGCUUGGCAAAGCGACCCUGUCCAUCGGUUGGACCACUCGCUGGGGGCCAGACUUUACUGACGGUUCGUACACGGAUGCGCAAGUGGAUGCAAUGGUCAACGUUAUUCAAUCGAAUAACAUCGACAAGGCUGGUAAUGCAAUCACAUUCCCUGUUCGGGCAGGUAUCGUUGCAAAAAGUGUUACGAAUAUGAUUCGUCUAUACUGUGCUUUGAAAGAUACGAACGAUGUGACGUUCACAGUUUGGUCCAGUGCUGAUGAUUCCGUUGAUGUAGAAAAGCUACGCGAGUUUAUAUUUACCGCAGGACUUGACCGUACCUAUGUAGAUGUGCCAGAAGACUUGCAUGAAAAGCUGCAUUUGGAAACGCAUGCAUUUGAAAACACAUGCAAGAAAACGUUGCAAGCAAGAUGCAUUGAUUAUUAAGCGGAUAAAUAUGUUCUACAUAACUUUGUAGCAGGAACAAAUCGAAAAUUGCCGUUGGCCAUUUGAUUUUACGACUAGGAAGUGACAAAUAGAAAUUCAAACCCUCCCACUGACAGUUGUCAGGAGUGUCAAAAUAAAUCAGCUGUUUUAACUA